CUACAAGGUCCCACUAGUCAGUUCACUAUGGAGAACCCAGGCUUUGAGAUACAAGAAGACGGACACUCACAUACGGCACCUUCUAAAAUUCCACAGAAGAAUAUUUACCCAUAUCCUUAUUCAUUUGAACAGAGUAAGAAAUCCUCUUGUUCCCUGAUGAAGAUCUUCUUGGUUUGCUUUUUGGCAUGUCUGAUAACCACGGCCAUUGGAGUGUUGAUAUUAUCUUUAGUUUAUUUGGGACAAAUUGGUCCCAAAACUGGUGAAGACAUGAUGGACUCCACGGUGCAGGAAAAGCCUUCACAGAAUAAAGCGGAAAGUCGAUUCAGUUUUAUGAAUCAUCUCAGUUCAUCUAAGGUUUUUACAUUUGAAGGGGGUGCCAUCCAGUGGGCACGAUUCAGGGAAGACCCAAAGGAUUACUCUACUGAGGCAGAAAUGAGGUUUGGAACUAGUAUCAACAAACGUCAAUCCAAAAUGACUUUGGGCACCUUACGGAUUGUAAGCCAAGGACUAAGAGUCCCACACUGGCAUUUUAAUGCAAAUGAACACGGGUACCUGCUCCAGGGUAAAGCAUGGAUUGGGGUUGUAGACGAAGGAGGAAAUACAGUCACCACGUACAACGUUACUGCUGGCCAGGUCAUUUUCUUUCCAAAAAACACUCUGCACUGGGUGAAGAGCGUGGGCACUGAAGACUGCCUUUUUGUCCUCUUUUUCACGACUCAUGAUGAACUAAAAACCCUUGAUGUAGAUGAUGCUUUUUUUGGGACUCCCGAAGAUAUUGCUUCAAGAUCAUUAAAGCCGGAAGGAGGAGUGCAGUUUAUCAGGACCUUUGAGAAGCCAAUAGAAGAUCAAGCAGUAAACCUCCCUGCAAACCUGAAAGAGCUGAUAAAUAACGCAAGCUACGAUCAGUCGGCCAACUCUUCUGUCUGGAAGUACUUUUAUGAUCUGAAAGGCUCCAAAGAAUUUGUCUUCCCGGGUGGGAUCAUUCAGUGGGCGCGGUAUCGCAAGAAUGGCGUUGGCUUAAAUGAGAAUGAACAAAUCUACAGUGAAUCUUUAAAUCAGAAUGCUGAAACGCUCACCCUCGGGACAUUACUGAUAAACUCAAAUGGCCUUAGGCAGCCACACUUUCACUUCAAUGCUCAUGAGAUGGGAUAUGUCAUCAGCGGAUGUGGUCAGAUUGGAAUUGUAGGGGAUGAGCCUGUCCCUGAGUUUUCCGUGGGCAUCGGUGAUGUGUUUUUCUUUCCAAUUGGGACACAGCAUUACAUCAAGAGCACGUGCAGUGAAGAUUUAUUGAUGAUUCUGGCCUUCAGCACUGGAAACCAGCUACAAACCCUUGAUAUGGAUGAUUAUUUCCAUGCUACCUCUGAUCACAUCCUCGCUCAGCUUUUUCUAAAGAAACAAAAAGAAUUCAAGAAGAUCCCAGUAUUCACAGUGGACCAGGCUGUGAACAUACCUUAAUUCCAGAUUAGCCAUUCCCCUUCACAUUGCCUUCUCUAUAGGAGCUAGAAUGCAGCUCUGAUGUCUAUCUGUAUCUAUCCGCACACAGAUUGCCUGGUGGUGAUGCAGAACUUCAGCUUUGGUUAAAUUGACUAGACCUUUUCAUUAAUGCUCAAAGACUCAUGCACAAGAUAGAAUGUUCAUAAAAAAAUCCUUCUACUUCUGCUUCAUAGAUUAGCAUUUCAGGAGUCUGGUCAUGGUAAUGUUAGCAACAAAGGUCAUACCAGUUUUCUCUUUGGAACUCAAUGCUAGCACAUUUCAUGAAUAAUCUUGCAGUUAUAUCUUAGGUAUUUAUCUUAUUAUAAAAGAAAAGACCAGCCCAGGUCCUCCAAGAGAUCACUCAUCAUGUGAAAAAGAGUGGAUUUUUUAUGUUUUUAUAAAGGAAAAGACCAACAUCUAGGUCCAUCUUGCCAACCCCAUUACUCAUCUCUGUGAAAAGACUAGAUUUUUUUGUUUUUAUAAAGGAAAAGACCAGCAUCUGGGUCCACCUAGAACUACCCAUUGCUCAUCUCUGCAAAAAGACUAGUUUUUAAAAAAUGUUUUUUAUAAAGGAAAAGAACAGCAUCUAGGUCCACCUAGCCAACCCCUUUACUCAGUUCUGCAAAAAGACUAGAUUACUGAUUAUUCGAGUUGGCUCCUUGAAUAUUGAAAAUUGUAGAUGUCGUUAUCUGGGUAUAAGUAGCUAUCGCUAGCACAUUUGAUGCAUGAUCUUGCAGUCAUAUCUUAGGUAUUAAUGUUUUUAUAAAGGAGAAGACCAGACCCCUAGACCAGGUCCACCUUUAACUUCCCACUGCUCAUCUCAUUCGAGUUGGCUCCUUGAAUACUGAAAAUUGGAGAUGUCAUUGACUGGGGUAUAAGAAGCCAUAGUAAUCACAUCAAUAUCUGCUUUCAGAAGAGGCUAAAGAUUAAGCAAAUACAGGUUGGUGGCCCAAAUUGGGCAAUUGUUUGUCCUUAAGGCCAAUAAUGGGAUCAGAUUAAGGUCUUUGAAGACUGGUUAGCAGGGUCAGACUAGGGUUCCGGGGUCCACCUGGGUUCCAACUUCAAGUGCCCCCAUUGCAACAUGAAUGAUGUACACCUCAACACCCAAUGUACAGUACUCCCCCCUCUGUGCCGCCAAACCGCAUAACUUGUAUAUAGUAACAGACGAGACGGGCCUGGGUCAAAGGGGCCCACCAGGUUUUUUCCCGGCGUUCCGCUGGUCCAGUCCAACCACGCUUGCGGGAACUGAGGUGGUCUGCUCUGCUUCAAACUUUUCUCCAGAGAACACUGCCUCCAGUGGGGGGGGGGCUUUUGGAGACAAGUACCCUAGUUUAUCAUACUGACCAGGCCAAGAUCUGGUUUCUACAACACGGACAGCUGAACCCUAUGACUAACAGGAGGCUGG